AUGCAGUCCGGCCCAACUCCAGGUCAACAACAGGCAAUGGAAGUGAAACAGGUAUAAACCAAAAUAACUUUUUAUUCGACCCGUUGAUUUUAUGAUUCUUCAGAAUAUGGCUAACUUUGGUUUACUGGUCUUUUGCCCUGAAAUUAUUUCGAUUUUUCUGGGCUUACUGGUAAUGAUAUACUUAUUGCUUCAAACUUUUCUUUAGAAAUUAUUUGCCAAAGUAAUCGAAAAAAAUCGGAUAUCUUUUUAACUUUAUUUCAAUACGAAUGUGUCUGAAAGUAAUUCUCGUCUUAGUUUAAGGGUAAAUUCAAAAAUUGUGAACUAAGAAAGGCAUAUUUAUUUAGAUGAAGCCAUUCCUUCAGAUUUGUGAGAAUUUUUAACCUCCUAUGUAAUGUCUGCUAAACGUGAUUUGUUGUGUCGUUGUUGUGGUUGUUUGUUAAACUAUGUCGUGGUACAUUAAUGGUGUACAUUUUAUGAUUGCGUCUCUCUGAACGUGAUGUCUUUUUUUGCAGUUUCAAAACUUUUUGCAGUACUACAACAAAUUGACAGAGUUGUGCUUCACAGAUUGCAUUCAUGACUUCACCAACAGAAAGAUUUCAACAAAUGAGGUAAAAAAAGAUCACCUUCUACCUUUGUGGUAAAUUCUUGGACAUUUAACAAAAGCUUCUGAAGCUACUCAUUGGAUGAGCACCUCUACAAGGUAGUGUCUAAGGAAAUAUAUGUCAAGAUCUUUCAGCAGCCCCCUUUGUAGGAGAAAGGCUGGCUAUAAAUACUCAAGUAGGCCAAAUUAGGGAGGGCUUCCCAUCCAUGGGGUGAGAAGGUGCACAAGUGGGCUGAGAUAUAAGACUGAACAGUCAAUCUAAAUUUCUUAUAUCUUUUUUUCUUUUUCAUUUUUGUCUCUCAGAAUAAUUGUGCCAUACAUUGUAGUGAGAAGUUUUUGAAAGUUAUGCAAAGAAUCGGAGUCAGAAUACAAGAAGUUCAAGUGAUGCAAAAUGAGGGUAUCCUUGGUGCUCCUGACCCUCCUAAAUAA